AUGAGCAACCCAAAGGCGCGUCAAACAUGCUAUGGCAUCCACAGUAUCCCUUGCUUUCGCUACCAUCAGACCAUGCACGCCAUCGGCACAAGCCACAACUGCUUCUCCUGCAUACAAGCCGAUGAGCUGCAUGAGAACAGGCACAGGAAGAUUGCAGAGCUUCUCGCAGAGUACAGAAUCGCAAAUGGCAGAGACACAGCCAAACCAAGAACCCUGCUGGAAGACCUGCCAGUGAAUGUCCCUUUGAUCCAGCAAGCUAUCCAGCAACUCGAUGUUGGCAAUGAUGACUUCGAAGUCGGGGAAGAAACCGACCAGGAUGACGAAGCUGAGACCGUGACCGACACCACGACCAGCACGGCUGACGAGAAUGACCAACAGCACAUGCCUCCUACAAGAUUGACCAAGGCUGAAGCUCGAGCGCUUAAAAAGGCCGCCAAAACAGCAAAGUCGCAAUCCAAGGCAGCUAAGAAUCAACAGAAACAUGUCAUCGGCGUCCGCACCGCAGAUGUGUCAUUUGUUGCUGAGGUCUUGCACGGCAACAAUGCAGGAGCACGACCAGGAGCACAACCAAGAGCGACACAUCCAUUGGCGAGCGACAAGACCAUCGAAGAGGUAAUUGCAAGAAACAUGGGGUUUAUGUCGAGCAUUCAGGAACACAAGAAGACGCUGCUGUCCAGCAUUGCGCAGAGGAGAAAAAGUGAACGUGAAAGGCGCAAGAGCUCGAUCGCUGGCAUAUCCUACCACGGCGUCGGCGGAAAAAAGAGGAGAUUCAGCGAAGGCCUGCACGACUGUGAUGCCGAGGACGAUGAGAUGGAGGACUUGCUCGUUGCUGUCUUGGUGAAGCUUGGGAUUGAUGGAGGCCAUGCUCGAUCGACUAGUUGCACCGCGAACACUGCAGGUCCCACCACCAAUAGUGUCGGUGUGAAGAAGAAUGGUGUCGGAGGAGGAAUCAACAAAGCCCCUGCCUCUUCUCCGCAGCAAACUUCCUCUAUCGUCGCGGCUCUCAAGGCUCUGGUGAAAGAUGAUCUGGAAAGGUUUGAAAACGAGCAACGGGAGACGUGUGUUCGCGCAGGUGGGUUCUGGAGAUACGUUGGACGGCCAGUGUUUGAGCGGAUGACCAAGAUUGCACGAGAAGUGGAUUGGAAGACGGGGGUGAAGCUGAAGGACAUCAACAACAAGGAAAGGGACGGUUGA